CACGCGCAUUCUCACUCUCAGACGCAGCGGGUGAGCGAGGGGAGGACAGAUUGAGAUGCCCGUGUGCUGUUUUUCGUCUGAACGGAGCGUAAAGUUAUGUGCUUUUGAAUUUUGGGAGGGGGUGAGGAAGAGGAGGAGUAGGAGGGAGGUCUGUCACUUGCAGGAUUCCAUCACUCUUAGCAACCGUUGUUGAGUUACCACGGAAACGCUCUGCGAUGUUCUCUGCUUCUCCUUUGUCCUCCUCCAUCGCUCCCCUCUCUCUCUCUCUCUCUCUCUCUCUCUCUCUCUCUCUCUCACUCCAUCCUGCCUUUAUCGCUGGUAGACUUCCUUCCUACGUCGCUACAGCGAUGCUCCGGGACAGCUGAGCUGGAUCAUUUUGCAGCCGCAGUGCCGGAGCGCAGAGCUCAGCUGUGCUCCGUGAAGGAAGUCGUCAGCCGAUCACCUUGUUUUUCUCAUCGAUUGAAAGAUGCCGUCAGUCUGUUCCUGCUCUUCAACAACUUUUUAAAAAAUCACUACACUCUGUCUUGUGACCUCAGACCUUUAACCCCUCUGCAACAGAUCAGAUCAGAGGUCAUCAUUUUGGAUUGUCCAGGUCUGUCAGGUUUCAUCGAAGGAAGUUAGAUGAAGUUCCAUCGAACCCAAACUCAUCUCUCGGCUGUGAUCGGCGUAGAUGUUUUCACAACUCCGUCAGUCUGAAAGACGUCCGGACGCUUCACAGAGGCCAAAGUCAUUGUGAACACCUUUACUAACUCUAAAAAAAACCCCACCUCCUUCUCCUCCUUCACCACGCCAAGAUGAACGAGGAGAUGGAGGAUUCACAGCUGCCCGAGGAGGUGCUGGAGACUGAGGAGCAUGAGGAGAAAGUGCAGCAACAGGAGGGAGAGCAAGAGGUGGAAGUGCAGCAACAGGAGGAAAAGCAGGGAGAGCAGAUGCCCCAACAGGACCAAGAACAGGAGGAGGUAAAGUCUGAGGAGGUGCGGCAGAAAGAGGAGGAGCAAAAUGAGGAGGAGGUGCAGAAAGAGCAGGAGGAGGUGCACGCUGAGCAGCAACAGCCGACUGUGGAGGGGCAGCAGGAGGAGGAGAUGCAACAGGAGCAGGACGAGGUGCAGCAGAGUGAGGCGGUGCAGCAGGAGGUGGUGCAGCAGAGUGAGGCUAUACAGCAAGAGGAGGUGCAGCAGACUGAACAGGUGCAGACGGAGGAGGAGCAGCAGAUUGAGGAGAUGCAGCAGACUAAGGAGGAGGAGGAGGAGCAGCAGCAGCAGGAGGAGGUGCAAACUGAGGACAUGUCACAGACUGAGGAUCAGCAGACGGAGGAGCAGCAGCAGCAGCAGCAGACUGAGCAGGAGCAGCAGUUUGAGGACAAGCAGCAGCGGACUGAAGAGGUGCAGGACUUUGACUACGCUCUGGAGCAGAACCAAAACAACCAGGUCCUGAUCCGACUGAGAGGGAUGCAGAAGUACAAAUGUGCAUCGCAGAGGCUGAAGGGGGUCCUGGAGCAGAUGGACCGGGGUGUCGUGGACCUGCAGGAACUCCGCAGGAACCUGGAGCUCGCUGCUGCCAUGUUGGACACUGUGUACACUGAUGAGACCAAGCGUCUGUUGGACACCGAGGACGAGCUCAGCGACUUGCAGGCGGAGUCGGUGCCCAGCGAGGUACGUGACUGGCUGGCAUGCACCUUCACCAGGAAGAUGGGCGUGGCCAAGCGUCGCCCUGAGGAGAAGCCGAGAUUCAGGAGCAUCGUCCAUGCAGUGCAAGCUGGGAUAUUUGUAGAAAGGAUGUACAGACGGACGUCCAACAUGGCUGGUCUGACCUACCCUCCCACGGCUUUGACAGCUCUGAAGGAAGUAGAUCACUGGUCGUUUGAUGUUUUUUCCUUCCACGAGGGCACCGGAGACCACGCCCUCAAGUUCCUGGUCUACGACCUGCUGAACCGCUAUGACCUCAUCAACAGGUUCAGGAUCCCGGUGCAGGCUCUGGUGCAGUUUGUUGAAGCUCUGGAGAACGGCUACAGCAAACACAGGAACCCCUACCACAACCUGAUCCACGCCGCCGAUGUCACUCAGACCGCCCACUUCCUGAUGCUGCACACUGGACUGAUGCACUGGCUCAGCGAGCUGGAGAUUCUUGCAAUGGUUUUUGCUGCAGCAAUUCACGACUUCGAACACACAGGAACCACCAACAACUUCCACAUCCACGCCAGGUCGGAGGUGGCCAUUCUGUACAACGACAGGUCGGUGCUGGAGAACCAUCACGUCAGCGCCGCCUACCGGCUGAUGGCAGAGGACGACAUGAACAUCCUGGUCAACCUGAACAAGGACGACUGGAGGGAGCUGAGGGCUCUGGUGAUAGAGAUGGUGAUGUCCACAGACAUGUCCUGUCACUUCCAGCAGAUCAAGACCAUGAGGAACACCCUGACACAGACAGACAGUCUCGACAAAGUGAAGGUUUUGUCUCUGAUGCUUCACGCUGCAGACAUCAGUCAUCCAGCCAAAGCCUGGCCGUUGCACUACCGCUGGACUCACAGUCUGAUGGAGGAGUUCUUUAGACAGGGAGACAAAGAAGUGGAACUCGGCCUUCCUUUCUCUCCUCUGUGUGACCGCAAAGCCACCAUGAUCGCCCAAUCACAGAUAGGUUUCAUAGACUUCAUCGUGGAGCCGACUUUCAGCGUUCUGAUCGACACGACAGAGAAAGUGAUCGGUCCUCUGAUAGAAGAGGACAGGAAGGCCAGAGAGACUGGAAACAGGAAGUCCAGUCUAACAGGAAGUGGUUCGGUCACCGUGGAGUCGGUGCAGAGACACAGUAGCGGCCGCUAUGGGAACAGCGAUGAUGGACAGAUGGACUUUUCCCUGACAGCCAUCGACCUGCCGGCUCUGAAGACCCACCUAUCCGGCGUCAUCGGCAGCAACAAGGACAGAUGGAAAGAGCUGUCCGUGCACGAGCUGGCCAAUAAGGAGCAAGAGGAACAAAAGGAAGUGGAGUCUAAUGUCAACUCAGACAUCCAAUCAAAUGCCUCGCCCAGUCACAGUGUCCCUGACGGACACACCUCCGACCAAUCACAGAACUCCCCUCCUGAUGAACCCCAAGACGACAAGUCACCCGUCCACCUGUCCUGGAACGGGGCGGGGCCUGGGGAGGAAAAGGAGGAGGACCAAGAUGAAGUGCCUGAAAUCGCCUGAUGGCGCUCCACGGCGAACUCACCACUGUAUCUGACUGUGGCAGAUCAACAGUGCAGUGACAACGAGGGUUCAGACUCUUCUGUUUAAACACAGCAGCUGGCUCAGUGGCCCCUCAGUGGCCCUCAAAGGGCCACUUGACCUUAUGUUUACAACUGACAAUGAAAAUACCACAUUCAAAGUGACGACAUUCAUCAGAUAACAGCUUCUUAGCAGCGUCAUGGUCCAUUCGCCGUGGUGAAAGUGUUUUAUGAUUUUAUUAGAGGCUCAGAGGAGCAUUGUCUGUGUGAAAAAAGUGAAAAUAUCUAAAUUUGAUUUAAGAAUAAAGAUUGACGGGUGAAAACCACAGUAGCUGUUCAUGGCUAAAUAUCUAUUGUCUGGAGGAAUGAGACAAUAUGGAGCUGUUAGGACGUGGAGGUUUUGUGAGUGAAGCAAGUGUGUUGUUAUACACCUCUCAUAAUUCGUUAGGAGUGCGAAGAGUGAUUUCUGCUCAGUUUUCUGUUCUGGGUUUGAAUUAUCAAGCAUGUUGUGCUUCUGGCCACGCCCCAAUAUGUGAUGUCAGAGCUGAGCGGUUAGCCACGAAAGCCGCAUGGCUAAAUAUAUCUCAACAACUAUCAGCUAGAUUGCCAUGACAUUGUGUUCAGACAUUCAUGGUUCCCAGAGGAUGUGUUGUAAUUACUUUGUUGAUCAUCUUAUUUUCCCUCUAGCGCCACCAAGAGGUUAGUUAUUUGUGAUUUUCAGUGAAAUGUCUCAACAACUAUGAACUGCAUUAACUUUUGUCUCGUGCCACAUGGGACCAAACACCUAAAAAAAACUAAUGACAUUCCCAUCAGCUUCAGCUACUUUGUAGUUAGUUCUAGAUUGCAAAUGUUAGCGUACUAACAUGACUAACUCAAAUGGUGAACAUUGUAAACAUUAUACCUGGUAAACAUUAUAGAUGUAUAAAGAGAACUGGAUACAGCGUUAGAAAAAAAGUUUGACAUUUAAGUCUAAAAUUUAGAUUACAUUACGUGGAUCUUCCCGCGAUCUUUAGCAUCCAUGGGCCCACAGAGCAAGCGCACUAGUGUUUCCAUUAACCCGUCUUCCGGCCCUCGGUCCAGCCUGGGUUCUCGGUCUAGGAAGGAAAAUAACUCUGGAUUCGGCUAUUAGUCUAUGUCACAACUUUUAGGACCUAAUGAGUUACAUAAGGGCUAUUAAAGUGUACUGAGAAGUUGAUUUACCUUAAAAAAAAAAAAAGUUCUGCUGAGGUACAGUCAUCUCUUUCCCAAUGUAAGUCUAUGUGAAAAAUGUAUUUUUUGGCCCCAUGGCAUCACAUGAAACUUCAAAACCCUGUCCCGCUUCUGGGGGCUUGGCAAACAUCAGCAAGUUAGCUUAUUUGCUGUGAACAUGUUAGCCUGCUGACGUUAGCAUUUAGCUCAAAGCAUUGCCUUGCCAAAGUAGCCUCACAGAGCCACUAGCAUGGCUGUAGGCUCUUAGUCUUGCUACUUGAUUGGUUGGUGAUAUUUUUUUUCCCCAAGGAUGCAAGUAAGGGAUAGGGCUAAAACUGGCACUUUUUAGCUGAACAAUCCUAAACGUGUGUUGCGAGAAUGCCAAUAGAUAAAUUCACUGUAGUUGGUACAAAAUGAUGUCUCUGCAAGUCAAAAAUGUUUCAACAUGGCAACAAAAAAGAACUCUUAUUAUAUUUGCAUGCAUUUGACUACUGGAGUGUUUUUGCAUUCCAUGUGCAAAUGGCUAAUGGCCAGUGCUAGCGUCUGCUGUUAGCUAGCUAGCAAUAUGUACGAAUGUGUGUGCGUGUGUAUAUGUGUGUUCAGGCCAAACUCCUCCAGAAAGCAGCUCAGCAAAGUUCAUCAUUAUUAAAAAGGUGAUACUAGAAGCUUGGUGACAUAGUGGCUAUUUGCUCUUGUGCAAGCAUUAGUUAAUUAUAAUACAUUUUUAAAGACACAGUGAAUUAAAAGUUGUAGAGUAUUUUACAUUGAAACAACUCUUUUCUCUUCCUGUAAAAAAAAAUAUUUCUGAUGACUCGUCCUAAACUUGGGAGCAUUUAUCCCCCAAACUAUGAUUUAAGGCGCCAGCUAACCCCACCCACCAUACAACCAUACUUGACACUCAGCUUGUGUGUCAUAGUAACUAGCAGAGCAACCACAGUUAUCAUAGUUGGAGGGGUGUGUUUGGAAAUGUAAACAAAGCUUUUGCCAGCUGACAUCAAAAGAAUGUGAUUGAGGUCUAUUUUAUUCAUUCCACCUGUAUCCUCCUCUAACAACAUGGGUGAAGGACGGACACUAUUGAGAGCUUAAAUGAAAUCUGAAGGAUUUAAAUCCCUCACAUAAAUAUUCACUGCCCACGUAUUUCAUAUUGUUAGAAAACGUGUCACAUCUCAGGAGCUAAAGUUGCUCUAACUGCCGUUUCAAUGUGACUUUAAAAGAUGUAUUUGACUCCCGUCUCAUACCGGUUAACCAGACCAAAUGCUGGUUUAUUAAUUGUAAUGUCAAACUGACCUGACCUGUACUUGCUUGAUGUGACAUCACUGUUUGGGGUUGUGGCCAGAGGUUUGAACCCACAGACAGCAGAGCAGCGGUGGUCAAUCAGUGUGGAUUUCUAACCGUUAAAUGGGAAAGUCAGAGACACAUCAGACAGAUCACCUGUGACCAAUUUAAAGUACUUUUGUUUUUCACAACAUGGGUCGUCUUGUAGGUACUUUAGGUUAAUGUACCCAUAGGCUAUCGUAACAUUGUACUCUCCAACGUCUUUGUAGAAACUGCAGUGGACACAAGCACUUAAAUUGAAACGGAUUUAAAGGUACGAUUGUCACAAAAUACCAGAAUGUUCCUUUAAAUGGACAGAAGCUCAGAGAUCAGACAGCUUCUGUUGCUUCUGUACUCUGUAUUAAAACCUAUGUUACUGUCACUUCUCCUGACUGUGAAUAAAGAACAGUGACGUUCAUAAUAUCACCCCAGUGACAAGAAAGCAACGGCCAAUGAGAUGAAGGGUGGAGCCAACAUGGCCGACUGGAAACUCUAUAGAUCCUCUGAGCACUGUGUUUGUUAAUGCAAUGUGUGCUAUAGUCAUCAUGUGCUCUUUGGCUCUGUGUGCGUGUGUGUGUUUGAGAAUUUGAGUGUGUGCGAGAGUGAAUGUGUGCACUGUAUACUGUACAGCUGUUUUCUGUAUUAUUGUAUUAAACAUUCAGAGCUCCA